AUGGGGGUGAAGCAUCUUUGGAAUAUAUUGUCGCCUUUGUGCGAAAGGAAACCAAUGUUUGAACUUCAAGGGAAAACAAUAGCAAUUGACAUGAGUUGUUGGGUCGUGGAUAGCCAAAUGGUCACCGAUCACUCGGUUCAGCCGAAAAUGUAUCUUAGGAAUUUAUACUUUCGUACGUCGUUCCUUCUUCUACAAGGAAUAUUACCCGUAUUUGUAUUGGAAGGAGAAGCACCUAGCUUGAAACAUAAUACUAUUGUGAAAAGAAACGAUAUUCGGAACGGAUUUAGGGAAAGAAAAACUACUCGUAAAGGAGGGAGAUCACAGUUUAAUAGGAUCCUUAACGAAUGUAAAAAAUUGCUUAAAUAUAUGGGUUUAGCUUGCAUACAAGGACAUGGAGAGGCAGAAGCAAUGUGUGCAUAUUUAAACGAAGAUGGGCUUGUUGAUGGGUGCAUAAGUCAAGAUAGUGACUGUUUUUUAUACGGAGCAAAAGUAGUUUAUAAAAACUUUUGCAUGAGUGCACAAGGAAAUCGGGGAGGUACGGGUGGUGCUGUGGACGAAUACAAUAUAGAAAAAGUAAAUAAGCUGUUAAAUUUAGGGAGAAAUAAAAUGAUAGCAUUAGCAUUAUUAUGCGGAUGUGAUUACGAUGAUGGAUUAAACGGCGUUGGUAAAGAGGCGGCUAUGAAACUUUUUAAGAUUGUGAAUGAUGAAAACAUUCUUUCAUGCAUAAAAAGUUGGAGAACAGAUAAUAGUUUAGACCAGAAAGAAGCAGAAUUAUCGCUUCCAAAUAUAUGUUCAUCUUGUGGUCAUAGUGGGAGAGUUCAGAAUCAUACAAAAUUAGGUUGUGUAGACUGUGGUACUGAUAAAAAAUGUAAUGAUUCUUAUAGGGAGAAGAAAGCAUUGAUCUUAAAUGAAAUUGCUUUGAGGAAAAAGGCACUUCUUAGCAAAGGUUUUCCUAAUCAAGAACUGAUAGAUGAGUUUCUUGUUAGGAAAGGUCCUGUACCUACGAGAAUAGAUCUCCAAUGGAAACAACCAGAUACGUGUAAAUUAAUAGAUUUUAUGGAAAAACAUUUAUCAUGGGAGCCGCAGUAUGCAUUUGAAAAAGUAUUUCCUUUAGCAACAAGAUGGCAAUUAAUACAUAUUCCGAAUAUUUCUAUCGAGAAUCGCUUAUUAAAUUCUGAUUUAUUUAUUCCCGAAUGUAUAAAAAAAAUUCGGAAUAUUAGAUCUGUUGCUAGUUACGAAAUUAUUUGGCAAACUAAGCAUGAUGUGAUAGAAAAGUUGAAAGAGUAUAUUGCAUUAAACGAAGAAAAUAUUGAUAAUAAUGUGGAUUGUCUGUCCGAAUUAACAAGUAUCGAACCACAAAGCGCUGUACUGAAAUGUUAUCCAGAAUUAGUUGAGGUCUUUGAAAACGCAAAAAGUGCAAAAGCAAAGAAACGGACAGUUAAAAAAAAGGCACGAAAUGAUACAAAUUCUGAAAGUACUGAAAAAAACAAGACCGUAAAGAGACGACAGAAAAAAAUGAUCGAAAAGUCUGUUAACAUAGAAAAAAAUAAAAAGAUCGAUGAGUUCAUUUCCGUUCCCGAGCCUUUAUCGUUAGAAGAAUCUUUUGGAAGAAUGAGUAUCACGCCAAAGAGAUCUAAGAAGGUAGACAACCAAGAAAAGAAUCUAAUAGUAAAACGCGGUCCUCAGUUUGAUAAAGUUUUGCAAUCGGAGAAAGUAAACUCGAAACUAAAUAAUACAUUGGACAGAAUGUUUAAUGAACUUUCGCCGGACGAUUUUGUUAGCGAUAACGACGAUCAGGAUUUAAAUAUGACAAAAGUAAUUGAUAAUAUAUGUAGCGAAAGAAGAGUUUUUCAGUUUGAUAUGAAGGUAUAUAAAGAUGACAUUAAUUUAAAUGUAGAAGUUGAAGAUUUCAAUAUGGUUGAUACGGAAAUUGACGAUAAAACGACGUCCGACGAUUGCCGAAAAAGUAUAGUAAAUUCUGAUCAAUUCAAGGACGAAUUCGCUGACAUAAGUGAAUCUUAUGUGCCUAUCUAUCAAAGAUUAUUAACUCGUCAAGGUGAGAAAGAAUUACAAAUUUCUAUGGACGCGAAAGAAAGGUUUAGCCUUGGAUUUGAUAAUCUAAUGAACGAUACUGAUCCAGACACUGCAGAAUUUGAUUCUUCGCAUGCAACAUGA